CUCAGCGUCGUUGCGGGGUAGCUGAAGCGGGGUUACAGCCGCAGUCUCUCUGCGCUCCGCGGAUCCCCACCAGGCUCGGUCUCUGCCGGCGGGCAUGCGACACACGACCACGGCUCGGAGACGCCGCACGCCAACUACAUUGCGUCAGCUGCGCGCGCCGCUCUGCCCCUCGCGAGCCGAGUGAUUAGCCGCCGAGCGCUCGGGACGCGACAGUUUCGUUCGGGUUUGUUUUCUUCUUCUUCGUCUAAGGUGAGCUGCCGCGUGCAGACACACACACACACGCGCGCGCGUAUCUUUUUAUUUUUUUUAUCUUCUUUUGUUUUUUUUAAAACAUUUGUUUCCCCCACCACCACCGCAGCCACGUCGGAGUGGCUGGAUUCGGUGACUUGAUACCCCGGUGAGUUUGGGGGAGAGGAUAUUGGGGACCCCGAGUCCGAAGGCGCCGGUGUUGCACUUGGAAGGCAGGACAACUCCGCGCGGCGAAGGAUCCGGCCGCCGGUGCCGUGUGACAAUAACGAGCACACACACACACAAAGAAGAAGAAGAAGAAGAAGAAGAAGAAGAACACGAAGAAGAGAGAAAGAAAGCGAGAGAGGAAGAAGGAAGGCAGAGGUUGACGGGGAAGUGUUGAAUAACCGAACGCGCGGCAACAGCCCCUCUGCCGCCGCUCGUUUUUUGGUUUGGACCCCGGCACUGGGAAAGUGCCCGCUCGUCGUGGACUUCGGCGCUCCGCGUCCAUCUCCUUCUCUCCCCCCCCCCCCCGGGAUUUGCGCUCGGCCACCGGACCGGGAUGGACGCCUUCACCUUGGCGGCUCUGGCGCUGUGCUUACUGGCCGCACCUGCGGACGGGGACAAGGGCGGCAGCAGCAGCGGCGGAGGCGGCGGCGGCAAAGCCCGGAGUUGCUCGGACAUCAGACAGUUUUACAGCGGGAAGGGCUUCGCUCUGGACGACGUCCCCCAGUCGGAGAUAUCAGGGGAGCAUCUGCGCAUUUGUCCCCAGGGCUACACCUGUUGUACCAGUGACAUGGAGGACAACCUGGCGACCCAGAGCCGCAGGGAAGUGGAGGGGCUGCUCAAAGAUGCUGGACGAGCCCUGCAGGCCUCGCUCACUGGACAGUACAAGGCCUUUGAUGGUUACUUUCUGGAGUUGCUGAAUCGUUCGGAGGUGGCCCUGCAGGAGACCUUCGCCCUGGCCUGGGGUGCGCUGUACUCCCAGAACGCCCAGGUCUUCUCUGACCUGUACGUGGAGCUGAGGCGCUACUGCAGAGGCGCCAACGUCAACCUGGAAGAGGUGCUGAACGACUUCUGGUCCAGGCUGCUUGAGAAGCUAUUCAACCAGGCAAACAAGCAGCACAUCAUAGGGGAAGACUACCUGGAGUGUGUGUCGAAGCAGACGGAGACCCUGCGGCCUUUUGGAGACACCCCCCGAGACCUCAAGCUGAAGGUCACGCAUACGUUGGUGGCUGCACGUUCCUUCAUCCAGGGACUGGUGGUCAGUGGAGAGGUGGUGCGCAAGGUGUCCCAAGUGCAACUCAGCCAGGAGUGCAUGCGUGCCAUGAUGAGGAUGACUUACUGUCCCCACUGUCGUGGCAUGGCCUCUGCCAGACCCUGUGCCAACUACUGCAGCAAUGUGAUGAAGGGCUGCCUGGCCAACCAGGCCGACCUGAACACCGAGUGGAGGCAUCUGGCAGACACCAUGAUACAGGUGGCGAAUCGCUUUGAUGGCACAUCUGGUGUGGACAUCGUGAUCCUCACGCUCCCCAAUCGCAUAUCCGAAGCCAUCUCUGCUAUGAUGGAGAAUAUAGACACUGUCAACAGCAAGUUGUUCCAGGCGUGUGGAAAUCUCAGAGAAGGAGGAACAAGCUCCACAGGGCUAGAGGAGGUGCUGAAGAGGGGGAGAAUCACAGUGGAGGACAGAACGGGACCCAGCACUGGCAAGAUGGAGCAACUGGUGUUUGACGUCUCCAGGAGGUUGAAGGACAUGCAGCCCUACUGGAUCUCUCUUCCGGGUGCUCUGUGCAGCGACCGAGUGGCCACCGGGGCAGGGGCUGAGGAUAAAUGCUGGAACGGCAUGAACCGUGCCAGGUAUCUCCCCGAGGUGAUGGGCGACGGCCUGGCCAGCCAGAUCAACAACCCCGAGGUGGAAAUCGAUAUCACCAAGCCCGAUAUGACGAUACGCCAGCAGAUCAUGCAGCUGAAGAUCAUGACCCACCGUCUCAAGAGCGCCCUCAACGGCAAUGACAUUGACUUCCAGGAUGCCAGUGAUGAUGUAAGCGGUUCAGGAAGUGGCAUGUGCGCUGAUGAAAUCUGUACCAGGGGUCCCCACCCCAUCCCCGUCACAGAGCGACCCAAACUCUACGCCAACCUCCCGGACAACAAGAAGGUGGUGAGAGGCGUGGCCAACGAGAACCUCCCCCGCGUUACCCUCUCCUUGCUUUCAUUGCUCACUUUGCUGCUCCUGCGAUAAUUGACAGGAGCGUUCACCAAUCGGGACUGAGUUUGGGACAUGGGGGUGGGGGGGGUGUGGCUGAAAAGGGCAGGACAAGAGGUUUGGUGUUAAUUACUUUGCCAAAACUAAACAAAUAUAAGGAAAAAAAAAACACAACAUAUACUUGGAUGGACUUCCUUUUGGUCUCGGAUUAGAACAAAAUGGAGUGACAGAUAUUCAUAGCUGUUUUGAUUCUGCUCGUCUUUUAAUUUGUGCUACGUUAUGACACCAUUAGAGCUGGUCUUUGCGCAUCUUCUAAGGUUUUGUUUCUGGUGUUUGGGUUCUCUGAGAUCAUAUGUGUAACUAAGACAUGUAAGAGUAUCGAGCGAGCAGUAUGGGUUGGUGUUGACACCAAGGGCGGGGGGGGGGAAGGGGGGCUUUGCAGUAGCUCUCAGCCAGACAUUUGUUGUUCCACUCCUUUGAAAUAGCAUUUCUGUUCGGUAGGAUUAUUUAUUGAUAAUAACUAAGGCAAAUAGACCCCCAGGGUGGUUUCACCACUCCUCAACAUUUAUAGAGAAAGUACACAAACCACAAACUCAAAUGAAAUAAACUAUUUCUGCAUUUUAAAGGAGGAUAAACUGGAUAGCAUGACUUCGGGCAAGACCCUCCAAACCUUCUUAACGCAUUAUACCCAUAACAUUAUCACUCACUCACACCACACACACACACAUACAUGCACGCACACACAAUCACAGUAUCACACAAUGAAGUGCACACUCGCAGGCUGGAUGAGAAUGCUCUGCGCCUGCACUUUCUGCCAUUUCGUCUCGUAAUGCCGGGAUCAGACUACGCGAAUUCAGCCAGAUUGCGACACGGGUUUUGUCAUCGCUGACAAAUGUCCAGUUGUCAGGCCCGAAUUAGAAUGUCGGGACUGACAAACGGGCGUCAUUACCCCUUGUAGCCCAGUGGUUAGCGCUGUCGCCUCACAGCAAAAAGGUCCUGGUUUGAACCCCGGGGUUGUCCAGCCUUGGGGGGGGGGGGGGGGGUCAUCCCAAGUCGUGCUCUGUGUAGGGUUUGCAUGUUCUCCCCGUGUCUGUGGUGGGUUUCCCCCCGGGUGCUCCGGUUUCCCCCACCGUCAAAAAGACAUGCAAGUUAGGGUUAGUACUCUCCUAGCUACACAGAUCACAGCUAGGAUGGGUUCAUUUGCAGUAAAUGGAUUCCCCCGAGGGGAUUAAUAAAGGAAACUUAAAUUAACUGAACUUCGCGGAGGCACUUCAGCGAGUAGCUGCAGUAGUACGCGACGCCAGGUUAUCGUUCCCCAGUAGCGCUAGCUAGGCCCUGCUUCUUGGGACGCUGUCGCGGCUACGGUAGCAUGUGGUUGGUUAGUUUCCAGAUAUACAGUUGGACCAUUUGAUGCGAUCAGCACAGCCCAUUCUGUCCCAGGUAGAAGAAAGAACUGCAGAAAUUAAAUGGUUGGAGGUGAAACCCGUGCUACGUGUUGCGUCUGGAUGCUACCCAGUUGAUUUGGGGGGGGGGCUGCAUGAAUAAGCAUACGUUUUCGCAACGCAAUACCGCCAGCAUCACACAUGGCGUUCCUGUAGCCGCGACUGACAACUUCUUGACCCUCCUCCCCGACGACCUUUGACCUCGCGCAAGCUAGCGUACGCCGAUGAUCGGUCGGGGGGUCAUGCUUUGCCACAUGGCCUGCCAGUCUCCCGGCCAAGGCGCGUCGAGAAUUUAUGGCGCUACGAUCGCCUAACCUGACACGGUCACCGUCGCGAAAGACAAAAGUAUUGCGUAGUCUGAUCCCGUCGUUAGCUGUAGUAUGUAGCCGUGGUCAGAUUCACACCGACACGGUCCUCUACUGUGGGAGUAACGUGACCCUUCGACUGCCCCAUCCGCCCCCCUACAACCCCUUCCGAUCCCCACAUUACUCCUCCAAACCCCCGCGGAGCUUGUUUGUUCUCUCCGGGCCUGGAGUCAGGUGGGGAGUCUUGUGUAAGCAAAACACACGCUAGGCCAGGCGGAGGUCUCAGUCGACAGCACCUUCCCCGCUAUAGAGCACUGCAUUGGGAACGUGGGUGUGGUUGUAGACCCCCCCCCUCCUCCUCCUCCUCCUCCUCCUCCUCUCCCCCCCCACAGCAAAGGAAUUCCAUUUAGGACAAUGGGAAUGUGUGAGAGAAGUGAAACGUCCUGCCCCAGAGGAGAAGAAACAGAGAGCUGUUGUGCCCGGGUUUUUUUUUUUGUUUUUGUUUUUUUUGCCUAUGCAUUUUGUGUGUGCAGCAAAGCAAAUGUUAUGAUUAUAAUAUCCAUCAUGGGUGUACCAUUUCCUUAGCCAUGCUAAGGGCUCAGUGUUCCUAAGAUUAGAAUCAUGUUCGCCAUCAGCAUCGGUAUAUAUUUUUGUCCAGUCGCAGCAAACGGUAUAGACCACACCAUGGAGAGCACUGCCUUGUACUAUAUAACCACUUCUUCUACUACAGACUGUGUACACGCUUUUAACUUCCUCUGUUGUUUUACAGGAAAAUAUAUAUAUAUAUAUAUAUAUAUAUAUAUAAACCACAGGAAUCAGAAUUUUGUACCAGACACACGGAUUGCUGUGCAGGAUAUCUUCGAAUCCUUUUACUUUCUCGCAUAUUCUCGUUAAACCGGCUGCGGUAGACGCCCCGCUCCAUCUUUUUUAUUUUGUUUUAUUUUUUGGUUUCUCGUCAGUGCCGCCCCCCCU